CGGUGAAGUGAGGUUAGGGUUCAGUGAAGUGAACUUUCACGGCAAGCAGAAAUGCUCUCGAAAACACGACUUUUGGCCAGGAAUUCCUAUGGAAGUGUAGUUAGUCUCAGUGCUAGACACAUCAGGAGUCAAAUUCCCACAGUUCUACAGUCAAAGGAUUCCACAGAUGGCGAAGAGAAGGGAGAAAACUUGACUCACUUUGGAUUCCAAACAGUGUCUGAGGACGAGAAAGCUGACAAAGUUUACAAGGUUUUCGAGGAUGUCGCUCAAUCUUACGAUAUGAUGAAUGAUGUCAUGUCCAUGGGGAUUCAGCGUCUGUGGAAGGAUGCAUUCAUUGAGGAUUUGGCUCCGACACCGGGCACAAAACUCUUAGACAUGGCCGGCGGAACUGGUGACAUUGCCUUCAGGUUUCUCAAGUAUCUCGCCAACAUUCGAGAUCCGGAGAAGCGUCAGAGUCAUCUCACAAUUGCGGACAUCAAUCAGCACAUGUUGGAUGUGGGCAAGACCCGCGCGGAAAGGCUUGCAUACAAAGAUGCUGCGCACUGCACAAUUGACUGGGUGUGUGCGGAUGCUGAGAAUCUCCACUUCGACGCCAACACCUUCACAGCAUACACAAUUGCCUUCGGGGUGAGAAACUGUACGCACAUCGACAAAGUCCUCAGCGAGGCGUAUCGUGUCCUUGUCCCUGGGGGACGAUUUCUUUGCCUGGAACUGAGCCAACCGAGCAACGAAACGCUGAGAAAACUGUACGACAAGUAUUCCUUCGAAGUGAUUCCGCCCAUGGGACAAAUCCUGGCCGGACAGUGGCAGCCUUAUCAAUACCUCGUGGAAAGCAUUCGACGAUUCCCGCGCCAGGAUCACUUUGCGGAAAUGAUUCGCGCCGCGGGCUUCAGCCAGGUGCGACAUCGCGAUCUCACGUUCGGCGUCUGUUCAAUCCACUCCGGCUUCAAGUUGAAGUGAAAGAGCCAUGAU